CCACCCGCUCAUUCAGUCACACCACUGAUGCACUGAUCAACACGGGCUCCUGUGCAACCUGUUACUGCCAACACGAAUGGAAAAUAUCACAACUGUGAAUUAUUAUUUUUUCAUUUUGUAAAGAAUAUUGGUCUAGAGAGAGAAAUCUUGUCAGUCAGAAUCUGCCGAGACUCGAAUCCAGCGCGUGGAGCGCGGCUGACGUGCAUUGAGUGACAGCGGUAUUGAUCUUAAUAAUAUGACUCGGGUAGCGGAACCCGCGUGAAAGACGCCGUAUUUUUUUUAAAAACGGCUUUUUUUCGACUUCGGGAAUUAAACGACAGGCUUUGAACGUAUACCCAGAGAAAUUCAUCAUCAAGCCUGUACAAUUCAUCUAGACGUCGACAAAGCGAAGGCCCUUAUUAACCCCCAAAGAGCCGUGGAACUCUUUAACCAUGAAUAGAUGCGCUUUUUUGAUGGACUUCCAAAGUCAUACAGCCAUUCACUCCUAUUAUCAAGCUUGGAAGAAUACUCAGAUUGUAUUUGUCUGAAAGAAGAAUGUCAUAUACACUUCAGGGUAGCGACCCAGCCGUAUGAAGCAAGCACCCAUUAAGAAGCAAUGUUCUUUUCAUACAAUUUGCUGAUAAGGACUUGGCGGUUGUGAGUGGGGUUGUGGCAGCAACGCUGUAACCGUGACCCUCGCCGAUAUGGUUUGCAGCGAACAGAGUUCUGGCACGUCAGUGCCCAAAAAGGAAACGCAGACCCGCAAGAAGCGUAAAUCCCGCCCUCAGGGUCUGCCUUCUCCUGCCCUUUGCUGCGCAUGUGGAUUGUGUAUUAUGUUGGCGGGCAUCAACAUCACCUUAGUUGGCGCCUUCGCCUUCAGCACGCUUGUACCCUCUAGCAACCCCCCAAUCAUCAUCGGACCGAUACUCUUGCUGGUGGCGUUCUCCUUCUUCGGGGCUUGUUGCAUCUGCAGCCGCUUGCCCCCGCCUCAGAGUUCUCGCCGGUCCAAAGCAGGUGGCGGUCUGGGCUUUAUGGGGAGGGGCGGAGGGGGGUUAGGUGGAGGGGCGGCAUUUGAGAUCGAGACCAGCGAGCACACAAUGCAGGACACCACAGCCGUGCAGCUCAGCCCCACCAACUCCCCCUGCUCCUCUCACGCCUCCAGCCCUGAAAGAGAGGCUCCCGCCACUGCCGCCAACGCCACCGUCCCCGCCCCGGAGUACGUCCCUCCACGAGCCUGCAAACUCUUCACUAUGGAGGCCAACGGACCGAGCUCAGCAGCCUUUUCUGCAUCGACAGGGGGUGGAGGGGCGGUCCGGCUCACUUUGCCCUCAGACUGCGCCGCCACCUAAAGCCGUCAAUUUCGGUCGCUCUCUGGAGAAGGGCUGGUAUUACGUUAUGUAAAUAGUUUUUCAGAAGGGAAGACAAGCACUGUGUGAGGAAUUCAUUUGAUUAGCACAGCUGGCUUGCACCACAAGGUGCAAUAACAAUUGAAACGAUUGCGUAAAUCCAGCAGGUUGCUUUUUGGAGUCCACGAGGCCAAAACCCUGUGUUCCUGAUAAAAAUGACAGAGGUAUGUGAGAAGCAUAUGAAGAGCUUUUUGUGUUCUCUUAUGCUCUCGUAUCAAAAGAGAGAGAGAGAGAGAGCCUUGAAAGGUGAAUCACUGUGGCGUGCUUCACAUAUUCAUACUGUGCCACUGUUACUCAGAGCAUUCACAGUUACUGUGCUCAAAAGAGACAGAAUCAGCUGUUGUGUAAAGAUGGCUUUGGAGACGAGCCUAAGAAACAGAACGGAGAAAGACAUUAGACUGCGCAUUGUCAUAUGUCAGUGCACAGACCAAAAAACAUGUUGUAUAUUUUGCUCUUAAAUAUUUUGUCUUUUAAAAUACAUUCAAGGGUAAGCAGUCUUUUUUUUCCGAUGACACUCUCUGGCCAAACACUUUGGAUUUUGUCUUUAUUGGAUGUUUAAAUAAGCCGUGACACUGUGCGAAAGCACUGAUGUUUUUUUCUUGUGACUUAGAAAACGAGGUUGCUAAGCAGUGCCAUACAGUAGUUCGAGUUCAAAUUGGAUGACAGACGGAAUAAACACUUUUGUAGAGAUUAUAAUUACAAUCAUAUCCGCGUUAUUGAGCUGUUAUUUAUAUUUAUUAUUUAAUGAACCAACAGCUCAUUUUUCUGUAAAAAAAGAAACUAGCCACAAGCCUUCAGUCUUUAUUUGACACUGUGGUUUAUAAUGCUGCCAAGUAAAACGGUAUUUCUUUCCCUUAUGAUUGCCAAAGGCUGUUUUCUCCUCUGAGUAUCCCUCUUCUGUUGUCAAUACUUGUCUAACGUCAACAGCACAGAAACAUCUGAAUAUACUGCCUACAUCUGCUCACAGUAUUCUUCCACAAUGUCUCGCUGUCUCUGUGCCCCAUGGUUUUCCUUUGCCAUUUGAAAUCAAGAGCCAGAAUUGUUCUCAAACAUGCCCUCCAUCACUGACCCACACUGAUGGUUCAAACCAAACAGCGAAAUCAUUUCCCUCAUGUUGAUUCUACCAGAGAGGUCAGCUAAAAGCAGCUUUCGGCCGCCGAAAAAGCAAAGGGGGUUAUACAGUUAUAAUAAAAAUAAAAAAAAUGAAUAGGAUCAAAUGAAGUUUUUAAAAUUAGCUACGGUUUUAGAUUUUCUCUCGUUGUCAUAUUCAUCAGUUCCAACCAGAUAAAAGAAGGGCUGAUUUUUAAUGUAAUCAUUCUGUACUGGUGUUUCUUUUCAUUUGCAUCCAUUUAUGUACUAUCAGCUGUGUAAUAUAGUGCUGUAUAUUUAUUAUGGGUGAUGGGGUUCAAAUGGGUGAUGAUGAGUGGAGAAGAAAGUGCAAUAUGUACUGCAUGCUUACAAAAAGUGCAUCAAGACUCCUCAAUGAAUUCAAGAGAAACAUUAAACUAAUUGAUCCGCUUGUUUGUCACAGGAUUGUGAGCGUUCCAUCUAGUUUUAGGGGAACAAGAGAAGUUGAAUGAAUGAAUUGAACGCUGCCUUAAUAAUGACAGUGAUCUCAGGAUCAAAUCAGUGAGGGCUACUCAAAUGUCAAAUGAGAACAUUUGGUUAUGUGAUAUUAAUGUGUUUAUAGAGAUGUGUUGUUCAUUACUUUCUACCAUGUGUGUUUUCAAACAGGUAUUUAAAUGGAGGGAAGUGCAAUGAAAAGGUUUUGCUAAUGCCGAUUUGCGUUAUUGUUAUUAAUUUGGCAAAAGGCCACGUUGAGUAAAAUAAAGAAUAGUGGGUUGUUUUAAGUAUUGUUGGCACUGAAAAAUUUAAUUGUGUGUUUUGUAAGUUGUACACAUCAUAAUUAUACACUGUUUUACUCCCACAUGCAUAAUUCAAUUAGAAUUGUGUCCACACUU